AAGAAUCUGAAAAAGAGGAUAAAUGACACUGAAAAUGAGGUUACUAAAUUUAGUCAUUUCACAUAAUUGUUACAAUAAAUUAUUUUACCAUAAUUAUAGGUUAGCAGACUAAAUGAAUUAAUAAUGCAACAUUGUGAUGAAAUAACGAAGAAUGUAUAUCGAAUCACAGUGAACUCGUGGAGGUCGUUUACAAAAUGGGUGUCCCUCUCAAUACAAGAUGCAUUAAGUAUUGACACUUUUGAUGUAAAUGAGACACAGUACAUGAUAAUAACUAGUGACUCCAGUGAGAUUGAUACUAAGAUUGUUUCAGUGUACAAGAUAAUAAGAGAGAAACCAAUACAUUUACAAAGAAUACCACUUCCUGGAGCAAGAAUGACAAAAAACUUUAACAUAAACAGCAAAGUUUAUAUUGCUGUAGCCCAUUACAAUUCCGUCAAUGAAAAAGAAGACGUGCACAUUUACACUUUGACAGAUGAUGAGACUCUAAAACUUUUACAGACUUUUAACGAAGUUCACAACCCUAUGUUUGGAAAAACAAGUCAUGAAAUAUAUCUUGUCCUUAUGAAGACUGAUGGAGAAUGGUCUAUAAAUGGGACCAUAAAGAUAAUCGAUUCCAUUCCAUUCAAUUUCAGGAGACCAUAUGUGGAACUAAACUAAGUUUCUUUUAUAUCAAAAAUCAUCUGUGGCUAAGCAUUUCAAGCAAGUUAAACUCAACCAUGUAUAGGUGGAAUGAGCUUUGCUCCGAGUUUGAGGUUUUUCAGACAAUACCAUUAUCCUCACCGGAAGCAAUGGAUAUCCAACCUAUGCAUGCAUAUUGAAAGCCAUUACUUUUUAGUAGCCACCAGUUUGGAAGACAGCUUUUAUAUCAACAACCAUGGACACUACAUCGCUGUGGUUAAGGUGCCUGACACAUCAUGCAGCAGGUACAAAAGAACUAGUUUUUUAUAAAUUCAGUGGAGCCAUGAAUAACUUCUUUCAAAGUAUCACAGCAGAUGAUCCAUCUUUUGUUAAAGUGUUUCAUCGUCACCAUGGGUCUGUGAUGGCAAUAGGAAAUGCAUUAUCUCUUGAUCUGUUCAAAUGGAACGACGCCUAGCUCAUGGAUACUAAAAUACUGAACUUUGAUUAUUGUUGCCAUUUCUUGUUUGUUAUUUUGCUGUUGAAAUUGGUUAUUGAUUAUAGUUAUGUAUAUAGAUCUAUUGUCCUUUCUUUUCUGCUAUGUUGUUUCUUUAUUUAAUACUUAUUUUUAAAAUCUAAACAAAGUUUAAAGUUUGUCCAUAGGUGAGCACUUCAGUGGCUGUAGAUUUAGUAAUAGACCUUUUAACUGGUACAUCAACCAUGCCGACACUCCUUUAAACACGUUAAAAAGAAGAAUAGACCAUUGAACUUAAGUAGUCUAGUUAAGCGUAAUCAUGUAGAGUCUAGUAUGUAUUUUGUACCUCUCUAAUAAUCUGAUAUCCUUUAUGAGAUGGUCUCCUAAUUAGAAAACAAUAGAACUCAGUGCAGUAGGAUUACUGAUGACGUCAGGCAAUCUCCUCACUGGACACUGUAGUGUAGGCUGAAAGUUCUCAUGAGUAGUCCAAGCAGCUUAUCAAU